UCUUGUGAACAUGGCAAACGCUCCCUGCCAUGUGAUCAACUCAGGAAGUAAAUUGUACAUAGAACUUGACCUAGACACGUACAAUUCAAACGGAGUUAUUUCUAUAUUUCUUUACAUAAUGCAACAAAAUAUGUAACCUAUACACCAAUAAUUCAGUGUGACUUUCUAGUGGGUAGUCGUUGCUUUUUCAAAUGGAUAUUAACUUGCUUUAUUGGAAAAACGAGGGCAAGACAUUCCUCAGUCGACUACGCCUCUGGUUUAAUAUUCUUGACCCAAGUUCCUUGCUCUGCUCUGAUGCUGAAAUACAAAAUGCCCACUCACUUAUGGGAAGUGUGGAGAGAAUGGUGCAUGAUGAAAAGGCUGGAGAUGCAGCAUGGAUACUUUCUCUUUCUUCUGUUCAUGCUGGUACUGGUGCUAUACUUCCAGCUGUUUUCCGUCCUCAAGCAUUUUUACCAAUAUCAGGCCCUUUGGUUGUUGCCAGCUUUUUGCCACACAGUGGAGUCAAACCGGCUAUAUUCUGGCAGUUUUUGCUUCAGAGUUACAGCGCUGGAUUCAAUCAUGCAAACAGAAACGCAUCUUCUGACAAGGGGAUUAAGACCUCUCUGAAGCAGGGUCUGUUGAUUGUCGGAUCAGUUGCAUAUGCAACAUGUGCAGGGGCAAUUCCUCAAAUAGUCAUACAGCGACUUAGCAUGAGCAGCCCAGCUGUCCAGAUGUUUUUUAGGUCCGUAUUACCAAUUCCCCUCUCAGCCUCCCUGGCCUAUUUCAAUGUGAUCAUUGUCAGAAGUGAGGAGUCCGAGAAUGGAAUCCAGGUGUUUGAUUCCAAUGGGAAUUCUGUUGGAAUCUCUCAGGCAGCUGGAGCAAAGGCUGUGAGGGAGACUGCUCUCUCCAGAGCUGCUCUGUUAGGCACUACGGCUGCUGUUCCUAAUCUUCUUAUUUUCCUCUUGCAAAAGGCAAGGUUUCUGCAAAGGAGCCCCCUGCUGGUGGCUCCUAUACGUCACAUCAGCACUGCGAUCGUCCUGGGCCUGAUGAUCCCAGUGUCCUUCAGUCUCUAUCCACAGCUUGGAACGAUCAAAAAGGAAAAGCUGGAAAAAGAAUUAGAGACUGCAGCAGUAAGUGGUGAACUAUUCUACCACAGGGGGCUCUGAGGCACCAGCAAACAAGUUCUGCAGACUGCAAUGUGGAAGCAGGAGCACCAAAUCCGUGUGACUUCAUUGACUGGGCAGCACGAGAAGUAACCUUUACAGCCGAUGGAUGCAGUUUAUGGAAUAUUCAGUGUUGCUUCAUACACUAGGAUGACGAAUUCAGUCAUAAUUAAUUACAAAUUGAUCAAGGACAGAGUCCAUGUUUUGAUUCAGUUUAAUAGCUGCAACUUUUAUUAAAAAUUAACAAUGCACUGCAAA